CACCACCACACAUCCUCCCCAACCACUUCGACCGUACUUCGCUGCAUUCCAUCGGCGACGACGACAACGACAACGAUGGCUACACUUACCUGCCUGCGCUCAGCGCCCCGCCUGUCGCGAACAUUUACCCCAACACUUAUGCAUACCCGUCGGGCGAUGAUGUCUGCGUGGCGCAACCCAGAGUCUUCUACCCCAACAGCCUCGACGUCUCAAACACACCACGACCCACCACUACACGACUCCCCACCCGUUGUGGUCCCGAACUCUAAGACUCCUCUUAACCCGGACGCUGCGUCCCCACAAACGGCUGCUAGGCCACCACCUGCUCCGAAAGCUGAGCGCCCCAAGCCCCAAAUACGAGCGAGGAAGGCUGCACUGUCCAUCACCCCCACCGCCGUCGAGCGCCUUCGGAUAUUGCUCCACAGUCCAACCCCACAACUAAUUCGGAUUGGCGUACGCAACAAGGGUUGUGCCGGCCUUUCCUACCACCUUGAAUAUGUAGACAAGCCUUCAAAGUUCGACGAGGUCGUCAACCAGGAUGGUGUUCAAGUCGUCAUCGACAGCAAGGCAUUGUUCUCGAUCAUUGGAAGUGAGAUGGACUGGAAGGAGGACGCGCUGAGUUCCAAGUUUGUCUUCAAGAACCCGAAUAUCAAAGACGCAUGCGGCUGCGGGGAAUCCUUCUCUAUCGGAUCCUGAGACAUCACACCACGGCCCUUCUCCGGUUCUCCUCCAUCCUCUAUCUUAUUCUGGCUCUGUUAUGCUGUUCAACCUGUACACGUUGUUGCCUUCCUCUUCGACAUUCAUCUUCGGCAUUCUACACCCGCAUUCCCUCGCUCGCUCAUUCAAGAUAUCCUGUAUUGAUACGACUAGUAAUACAUUGAUUGCAUCGAACCACCCUACGUUGGAGAUCCGCGACGGUUUCGGUACUAGCACCUGUCGGACGCGGUUCUCUACCUUUUUCGCAUCACAGUUCUUUUCUUUCCUGGAUCCAAACCAAUCACCUCUCUAUCCAUGCAUGGCUUUAGUUUUGUAGACGAAUGUUUCGCUUUUCUAGUGGUUUACUCACCUCUACCAAUCUCGACCCAUCUCAUGUUGUAACUUCUCCCGACCGAAGUCC